UUUUAUCUAAACGAGAUGCACAAGUCAGGUGAUGUGGCUCUAGGAGGACUGUUUGAGGUCCAUUACACUUCUGUCUUCCCCAAACUGACUUUUACAUCAGAGCCACAGCAGCCCAUCUGCACAGGCUUCGACACUUUAGGGUUCAGGCACGCGAUGGCCAUGGCUUUUGCUGUCGAAGAGAUCAACAAGAACUCCGACCUUCUUCCCAACCUGACCCUGGGAUACAGCCUUUAUGAUAACUGUGGUGCGCUCGUCAUUGGAUUCAGCGGCGCCUUGUCCCUGGCCAGUGGCCGAGACGAGCAGUUUCUGCUCCGCCAGAACUGUUCUGGAAGCCCUCCUGUUCUGGGCGUUGUUGGCGAUCACUAUUCAACUUUUUCGAUUGCCAUUGCCAAUGUGCUAGGUUUAUAUAGCAUGCCUAUUGUGAGUUAUUAUGCCACAUGUUCCUGCCUCAGUGAUCGGCAGCGCUUUCCCACAUUCUUUAGAACAAUCCCAAAUGAUGCUUUCCAGGUGCGUGCCAUGAUUCAUAUUCUAAAGCACUUUGGUUGGACAUGGUUUGGCCUGCUGGUCAGUGACGAUGACUACGGACUUCAUGUGGCCCAGUCUUUCCAGGCUGACCUGGCUGAAUCUGGCGAAAGCUGCCUGGCCUUCCUGGAGGUUUUGCCUUGGGACAGUAACCCAGGUGAACUCAGGAGGAUUGUACACACGAUAAAGACGUCAACAGCUCGUGUUGUCAUCGUGUUUGCACACGAAAUUCACAUGAUUCAGCUAAUGGAGGAGGUGGCACAGCAGAAUGUAACUGGCCGGCAGUGGAUUGCUAGUGAAACCUGGACAUCAGCAGCUGUUCUCCAGACACAGGAAUUCACGCCGUACCUCAGCGGCACGCUGGGCAUCGCCAUCCGGCGUGGAGAAAUACCCGGUUUCCUGGACUUCCUGUUAAAAAUACGCCCCGACCUGAAUGGCACCAACGAAAACAGCUUGGUGAAGCAGUUCUGGGAGCACACGUUUCAGUGCAAAUUCAACCCAGCGGACAGGGAGGACGGGGAAUCCGUCUGCACCGGCCACGAAAACAUGGAACUGGCGGAGGCAGAGUUUUUGGACGUCUCUAACCUCAGGCCUGAGUACAACGUCUACAAGGCAGUCUACGCUCUCGCUCAUGCCCUUGACGACAUGCUGCAGUGUGAGCCGGGUGAAGGACCUUUUACUGGGCGCAGCUGUGUCAGUUUGCAGGCUGUGGAGCCAUGGCAGCUCUUACACUAUUUGCGCAAGGUCAACUUCUCAACUGAAUUUGGUGAUGAAGUCUCAUUCGACGAGAACGGCGAUGCUCUGCCGAUAUACGACGUGAUGAACUGGCUGCGACUGCCUGACGGCAAGAUUAAGAUUCAAAGUGUUGGUGAAGUGAAAAAGUCUGACUCUGGAGGAGAGGAACUCACACUUAAUGAAGGCAAAAUCUUCUGGAACACUGAUUCAAAGAAGCCAGUCCGCUCAGUUUGCAGUGAAAGUUGUCCUCCAGGCACUCGAAUGGCCAGAGAAAGAGCACAACCUGAAUGCUGCUUCAGCUGUGUCUCCUGUUCUGAGGGAAAGAUUAGCAAUAAGAGCAAUUCCCUGGAGUGCUUCAGCUGUCCAGAGGACUUCUGGUCCAGCCCCCAGCGAGAUCACUGCAUUCCUAAGAAAACAGAGUUCCUCUCCUAUCAGGAACCUUUAGGGAUCUGUUUAACAACCACCUCACUGCUGGGCACAUUCAUCUGCGCUCUUGUUCUGGGGAUCUUCAUCUAUCACCGCAGAACACCGAUAGUACGAGCCAACAACUCAGAACUCAGUUUCCUGCUCCUGGUGUCGCUCAAGCUGUGCUUCCUGUGUUCGCUGCUGUUCAUCGGACGACCCAGACUGUGGACAUGCCAACUCAGACACGCAGCGUUUGGGAUCAGCUUUGUGCUUUGUGUGUCCUGCAUCCUGGUUAAAACCAUGGUGGUUCUGGCUGUGUUCAAAGCCUCCAAGCCAGGAGGGGGAGCCAGUCUCAAGUGGUUUGGAGCUACGCAGCAGAGAGGAACUGUUCUGGUUCUCACCUGUAUUCAAGCUGCUAUAUGCAUCGCUUGGCUUGUCUCCUCCUCGCCUGCCCCCUAUAAAAACACCCAGUACCACAAUGACAAAAUAGUUUAUGAGUGUGCAGUCGGCUCCACGGUUGGCUUUGCUGUGUUGCUGGGAUACAUCGGUAUAUUGGCUCUUCUCAGCUUCUUCUUGGCGUUUUUGGCGAGGAAUCUGCCCAACAACUUCAACGAGGCCAAACUCAUCACUUUCAGCAUGCUGAUCUUCUGUGCCGUGUGGGUGGCCUUUGUUCCUGCCUACAUCAACUCCCCGGGAAAGUAUGCAGAUGCAGUGGAGGUCUUUGCCAUCCUGGCCUCAAGUUUUGGCCUCUUGGUGGCGCUGUUUGGACCUAAAUGUUAUCUAAUUCUGCUCAAACCAGACAGGAAUACAAAGAAGGCUAUCAUAGGCCGAUGCAGCAAAUCUUAA